AUAAAAAGCAAAAAGAACUUGAUAUCAAUGAAAAAUUAGACAAGUACAAGGAUUUGGAGUAUGGUAUGACCUUUAGCAAUCUCAAGGAAGCUAAACAAGUUAUAGACUUCUAUGUUGUUGCAAAUAAGAGGGAUAUUAGAGUAAAGAAAAGCGACAAAGGUAGAGUUACUUAUUAUUGUGUUCUUGAUUGUCCCUUUCGAUGCUCGAUUUACAAGGAUGGGAAAGAUCAAGGUUUUAAGAUCAAGACCUUAAAUCAAGAACACACAUGUUAUGAGACUUCUGAGAACAGGAGAGGUAAAGCUGGGAUUUUAUCUCAAUAUUUUAAGAAGAAAGUUCAGAAUAAUCCUGCAUUAAAGAUUAAAGACAUGAAGGAGCACUUGGAUUCUGUUUUGGAUCUUGAAGUGAAUGAGUCAAAAUUGAAGAGAGUUAAGAGGCUUGUCUUAGACAAAUUAGAUGGUAGUUACGCGGAUGAUUAUAACAAGUUGGAGGCAUACGCACAAGAAUUGAGGAUGAGUAAUCCAGGAACUGAUGUAGUGAUCAAUUUGUCAAGAGAUGCUAUGGAAGAAGGCAAAAGAAGAUUUUUAAGGCUGUAUAUAUGCUUUCAGGCAUUAAAGGAAGGCUGGAAAGGAGGUUUGCGACCUUUUAUAGGGCUAGAUGGCACCUUUUUAAAAGGAAAAAGUAAGGGAAUAAUGUUGGUCGCAAUGGGACAAGAUUCGAGUAACCAUUUCUAUCCACUUGCUUGGGCCGUAGUAGAUAAAGAAACUAAAAGAACUUGGAACUGGUUUCUAGAGCUGCUGAAACAUUCUUUGGAUUUAAAGUCGGGUGAAAAUGUCACUUUUAUAUCAGAUAUGCAAAAGGGUUUAUUGAAUGCUGUUACUAAUGUAUGCCCACAAGCAAAUCAUCGAUGGUGUGUUAGGCAUAUUGAAGCUAAUUGGAGCAAAAAUUACAGAAGUGGGGAGUUGAAAAAGCUUCUUUGAUGGUGUGCUUGGAGUACAUAUGAGGAGGAGUUCAAAGAUCAGCUGACAAAAAUGGGUGAGUUGAAUAAGAAGGCUGCUAAGUCUUUGGUGAGCUAUCCACCAGAAAAAUGGUGUAGAGCAUAUUUUGACACCAAAUGCAAAAAUUUCAUGGUUGACAACAACUUCACGGAGUCCUUCAACUCAUGGAUUGUAGAGGCCAGACAAAAACCAAUCAUAAAGAUGCUUGAAGAAAUAAGGGUGAAGGUAAUGAUCAUGUUAAGGAAGCAUGAGGCCGAAGUUAAAAGUUGGAAGAAUGAGUUUUCACCACAUGCAACGCAUCUCUUUAAUGACUACAUGAUCAUUGCCCAACGAUGUAAGGUUGAGUUUAAUGGGGGCUGUGGAUAUGAAGUGACCAAGGGUGUGGAUAGACAUACAAUCAAUAUAGAACUUAAAAGAUGCUCAUGCAGAGUAUGGGACUUAUCUGGAAUACCAUGUCCUCAUGCCAUCAAAGUAUUUAUCCAUAAAAAAAUUGACCCUAUUACUGAAAUACACUGGUGGUAUUCUAAGGAAGCAUAUUUGAUGGUAUAUAAGCACAAGAUCGAACCUGUUAGAGGUGAAAAUUUUUGGAAGAUAGAGCCGCACCAUGCCAUGGAGCCCCCUACUUUAUCUAAGAUGGUUGGUAGACCAAAGAUGAAGAGAACAAGAGAGAAGGAUGAGGCUAAAAAUAGGCAGGGGGUUUGGUCAGCUUCUAGAAAAGGAAUGUUAAUGACUUGUGGUUAUUGUGGUAAACCAAAUCAUAACAGAAGAAAAUGUCCAUUGCUCAAUGAUAAACACGAGGACGUCUUUCAAGAUGAAGAAAACUCUCAAGAAUCUCAUAAUGUGCCCUUGACAGAAUCAGAAAACACUCAAGAAAGUGUAUGUUUCUUCAUUCCUGUUCCUGGUUCAAGUCAGAUCUCUAGCCAGACCUCUAUUGUAGCAGGGCAUGAUUCAGACCCUACUUUAUAUCCUAAAGUGGUGUCUGAAAGUAAUUUUAGACUUCAUGAAAGACUGAAGAAGAUAAAUACUGGGACAAGAAAGAUAACUUUCCAGGGAGAUCACGAUGGUAUAUCAAUACCGACCAACCUUCCAUAUUCACCAAAAAAAGUAACUUGGAAAGGGAAAGAAGCAAUGACUUCGAACCAGUUACAAGCUACAAGGGAGAGAAAAAUUGGCAAACUUAAGCCUAUAGGGGGCAAGGGGAUGUAGGAUUUGUUUUGUAUUUACUGUCUUAAGUGUUAUGUAAGGAGAAAAUGAAACAAUGACUCCAAACAACUAGUGUUUUUGCUGAUUUUUGUACUCUUAAUGAUUGUUACACAACUAUCGUAAUGA